AGAAACUGUUAAACGAGGACAUGGAAGAAGGAAAAUUACAAAUCUGCUGAAGAUAAAUUGUUGACUUUCAAGCAUUACGAAGAACAAUGACCUGACCGUAGAGCAGGGCGACCGGGUUCGUGGCAUUAAACACUACGCCAUGGCCUCCAUGCCAGCACACGCCGUUGCCCUGGAAGACGGGGCCAUUGUCAAGGAGUACUAGAUACUUACGUGCUUCUUGUUGGAUACACACAUGGAUGAACACGAUGGAGACGAAACUAUGGUUAUGAGGACAUUGAUUUUGAAGAUCUUGUUGAUUUUGUUUUGUUCAUGCGUCUCUAGUCAUGCCAGCUUGUAAACGGUCCUACCCGUUUACAGACCUCGACACUUUUCCGACUCGCUUCACCUCUACAGGUAUGAAGCACUCUGUGCUGCCGAAGGGGAGAAACCUGUGGUCGCGGUCACUAACUCGCUGCAGACAUGCUGUGCCGAGAAAGAAAAGCAGAAUUAUGACUUGAACUUGUUAUUCACCCAGUAACUUACUCUUGCUGGUUGUAUUUUGUAUUUGAAGUAUAAUUAGAUUGAUGUUUGUAGCUUCUUGAGCUUGAAAGUUGAGUAUGUUCGUGUGUAAAAAUGCUCAUAAUCAUGAUCAUCUUCUAUGUAUAAGUAGUGCGACUGAAACAUCUUCUUCAUCUUGGCUUUGCCGAUAUAGUAGGUGUGAAAGUUCCCAUUCUGAACUCUCUCUCUCUCCUUUCCAUAGCUAGAAGGAGGGAUCUUUUUUUAUGUGGAAGUUCUCUAAGCUACAAUAUGGAUAGAGGCGCGUGGAAGUGCAGCAGAGGCGUUCACGAACCGGAUGAAGGAUAGCCAUGUUGCAGUGCUCACCAAACUGCUCCAGCCAAGUGUCCAAUUCUUGACCAGACUCGAUUUGUCGUACUUAGAGGACUCGAUUUGUCGCACUUAGACUUUUAUACUUUACAACUAGCAUCUCUUGAUGUGUUUCCUUGGGAGGUUGGAAAUCUCUAAUCUGUGGCGUUAUACUUUGUGUCCAAAGCUGUAACUAUGUCGCUCCACAUCUUCUGCAAGUGCUUCUGCUCGUAUCUAAUAAUGAAGGCACAGCGUAUACUUUGCAGAUUGAUAGCAUUAUAACGCGCAUUUUUAGUUGGAAACACCUACGUCCUUAUAAAUUAAGUAGACACUUAUACAUAGCUAGUACACAAGAGGUGCCAUGACAUGACGUCAACAACAACUACGUCCUCCCGUCAGGUAUAAUAACAUCACCGACGCCGGAUGCUCAACACUGGCAACCGGCGUAA